AUGGAUGAUCAAAAUGGAAAACGACAAUGGCAACGAAAACUGACUAUGAUUUGUGGAACAUGGAAUAUACAGGGAAUUAGAACGAAGGUAGAUGACAUUUUACAAGAAAUUAAAAAACAUAAACUGGACUUUAUUGCUCUCUCUGAAACAAAGAAAAAAGGACAAGGUACACAAACACUCGGGGAAUAUAUCCACAUAUACAGCGGCGUUAACAAAGAAGAACAUGCAAAAAGGGGUAUAUCGCUCCUUAUACAUGAGAAGUAUAAGAAGAACGUCUCCAGCUGGGAAGCAAUAAGCGAUAGAACAAUAAAAGUUAAUGUCAAUUUAAAAGGCUGCAAAAUAACAAUAAUUGCUACUUAUGGACCUAAUGAAGACGCACGGGUAGAUGAAAAAGAAAAGUAUUAUGAAACGCUAAAUGAGCUAAUAUCUCAGACAGGUAACGAUCGAGAAAUCAUAAUACUGGGAGACCUAAAUGCUAGAACUGGCAAAGAAACGAAGCAUGAGAUAAUAGGGCCCUACGGUGAAAAUACCAGGAAUGAUAAUGGCUCCAGGUUGAUAGAUGUCUGUCAACAUAACUUACUAAGAAUAAUGAAUGGGUAUUUUAAACAUAAGGAAAUACACACAUAUACAUGGACGCAAAUAACUAGAAAUCUAAGAUCAAUAAUCGACUAUCUUAUAAUGAAACAAAAAACGAAGAUAAAAGUGCACAAUGUCAGAGUAUAUCGAUCCGCAGAAUGUGGAAGUGACCAUCAUCUGAUAAAAGCUAAGUUAAUAAUGCCAAUAAUCAAAGACAACAAACAAAAGAAUCAACUGCAAAACAGUAAAGACUUAACAGAUAUAGAUAUACCAAACUAUAAUAUAGAAAGCCUUAUGAACGAGAGCACAAAAUUAUUAUACCAACAAAGACUGGACCAAAACCUCCCACAGGAGUACGAACAAGAACCAACAGACAAUCUUACCAAAGUAGUAAUUGACAGCAUACACAAAGCAGCCAAAGAAGCCUUAGGAUAUAAAGAAAUGAAAAAGAGAACACGAAAUUAUUGGUGGACUGAACAACUGCAAAAUUUAAAAGAACAAAAACAACGAUUGUAUCAUACCUGGCUAAGCACUAAAAAAGCAGAACAUAAGGAACAAUAUAGUGAAGCUGUAUCAAAAUUUAAAACCGCUGCGAUAGAGGCCAAAAACCUCAGCUGGGAAAAUAAAUGCAAGGAAUUGGAUACCUAUUUAGGAGGACGCCAAUCCAGGGAAUCGUGGAGAUUUAUAGAUAAUGUUAGAUCUGGCAGAAAAGAAAAUAUCCCAAUAGGCACCAUAUCACCAAAUAAAUGGCAAGACUAUUACCGCUCAUUACUCAGAGAACAGAGAUCUGAAUAUAGUAACAUGCCGGCUGAAGACAUACGGAUUACAGAUGUAACGUUUGAAUGCGCCAGAACUGCGAGAGACGCAAAAAGUAAGCAGUUGCAAAAGUGUCCUGAAAAAAGAAAAACAAGUGCAUCUAGCUUAUCAGGACAAGAUAUUGAUAAAAUGUGUGCCAUUUGGGACGAGUCGACUCCGGACGGACUUCAACACAAGUUCUUUCAUAUUGCUUCAUAUGAACUGGCGUGGAGAGGAGGAGAAGCAUGUAAUUGCCUUUUGAGUUACUUUGAAGAAGAAUUUGACAACUACGGCAACCCUACAGGACCCAUAGCUUAUAAUCCUAUUUUUUCUAAGACAGCGCAAGGAGGGAGUCAUAGGUUAACAGAAAAAAGAUGGUUAGUCCAAAACACCACCGAGCCUGAUAAAUGCCCAAUAAGAAACGGUUACAUGACAGACAACAAAUUAUCGUAA